CCCUAAGCACUACGUACGUUGUACACAUUGAAGAACACUCGUCUCCAUUCCAAGCUUCUCUACGUCCAUUCCCAAUUAUGCCGUCCUAUCCUUGAGCUUCACCAAAGCAAACCACUGAUCUAUGAUUCCUCUAACUUCGAUCUGCUGCAGAGGGCUGGUCCGGCCAUGAGCUCUCUCAAUGCCCCGAACACCACAUCUUCGUCAUCGCUUCGUCCGCGCAACAGACGCCUGAUAUCUGGUCUCGAAGAACAAGAGCCUGCUAAGGCCGACGUCUCUGGGAACUUUUUGAAGACUUCGCCCUUCGCUUCGCCCUUCGGCUCACGAUCUACCUCUCCGCUCCCAAAGACUGGCCUGACACGGACACCAUCUUCUCAGCAGACGACACAGCCAUCAGCUCCAUCCGAGAGAGCUCUAUCAUUUGGAAGAAAUGGUGACGCGCUCAGUUCUAUAAGCGGCUUCUGGGGGAACUCGUGGUCAUCAAUACAAGGGCUAGCUUCAAACGUCCUUGGAAACGACUCAGAUACCCCAGUUCGACGCGGGAAGCUAUCAACAUUUGACCAACCAAAGCGGGCAUCGAGCAGCGUACCGCCAUCAAAAUGGGGCGUUUCUACAGCACAAGCUCAAGACAUUGGAGUUGGGACAAAGGAAGAGCGAGAGAAUAUGGUCCGAGCAAUGAAACGGCGAGAUUUGCUCAGCGCAAAUGGUCACAUGUAUCAGGAUACUGUUGGUCGAUUCAAGAGGAGAAAUUCGGACGAGCGCAUGUCAAGCUCGGCGCCUCCUGGGGAGGGAGAAGAUCGCGAUGCACUGGUAUACGUUCAUCACGUAAAGCCUUCGGAUACUCUUGCUGGCCUCACAAUAAAGUACAAUUGCGCGGCAGCGGUGCUCCAGAAGGCUAAUCGCAUGUGGCCAAAUGAUAGUGUACAAGUACGGAAAAAGAUUGUGCUCCCUGUGGAUGCAUGCGGUGUCAAAGGUCGUCGUUGCACAGGGCCAGAGGACAAGGAUGAAGACCUGCUCGGGCAUGAUGAGGAGUCGAAGACCAUAAAAGACACAAAUGACAAUGGUUGGCUUUCAGGAACAAACAGUUCGACCCGGAGGCGAACAGACACAAUCAUAUCUAACCCUACUGCAUCGACGGCAUCUAACAGAUCCGACUCUGAACCUCCUUGGAUACAUGACUCUUGGGUGAUGCUACCACAUGAUGAAGAGCCGAUUGAGAUUGCACGCUUACCACGGCGGACGCUUGGCUUCUUUCCACCUGCAAGACGGAAGAGUCUUACAUUAUCAGAUUCGGACACUCCUUCGCCAUCACUUGACCUUCCGCGAUCUCUCGAUGCGACAGCCACAUCUCCACAACGCUCAACACAAGACGCUUCUUCUGUAACCUCAUCCCCUCCGCCCAUUCGACCGAUUAGAACACGAAAACAUAGUAUAUCACAGGGCUUCUCACUGCAGGGACCAGGUGGUGUUGGUACGCUGGGCAAGAAUAUUCGCGCUCCAGGUCCAGGAGAGGACGCUUUCAAUAAAUUCGUCGCGCAACAUCUCCCGAGUCUACAGCCUCCACCCGGUCAAGAGCAUUCUAUACCUUGGGCACCAUCUAUGUUAGAGCAAGCUGGAGAAGGGUCUGGGCCAGUAGGAUAUUCCGCGGUUUCCAGACAGGGAGGCUUUGAUUUCGAACAAGUUGGCGGUGCAAUAGAGACCUGGAUGCGCAAAACUGCGGCAAAGGUCUCUGCGUCAAUCAACGAACAGGCAAACACGAACAGCCGCAGAUUUGCACCUGUCCCGGGAUUGGCCGCAGAAGGAGGUGGACUGGGCGACCUUAUAGAGCUCCGUGAUGAUGCAUUCGAAAUCGGUGAUGACGAAGAAGACAUUCUCAGAGGCCGCCCAUCUACAAUCGAGACCACUAUAUCGACAGAUACCAGCUCGGCGCGACCGGACUUGCCUACCACAAUGAAGCAAAGAGAAUCACGGGCAGGUGGCAGCAAGGGAGGGAAAGGAGACUGAUCGGAGCAGACGAACGUGAUAUAAUGGACUUUUGAGACGUUCAGGCGUCAGGUGCUGGAUCGACUGAUUUUUAGAGCGAUUGUAGCCUGGAUAUUUGGAGCAGAUGUUGGCGCUGGACUUAUUCUAUAUGACAUUCUAGCAUUGUAUCUUUGGAGCGGCUCGAGUAGCCAGGAAUCAAUGUACUUGUGAGAGAAUCACACACAGCAUCCUAUCUUGUGCGCUCCGCGUCCGCGCGCUUGGAAUAUAGAGCAUGUAUAGAUCUAUACAUGCACGCACUCUUCGAUGAAGACGUUGCUCUCGAGUCCUGAAAUUGAUACAAAAUCUCUCGG